UGCGGCGGAGCGGGCGGGGGCAGCCCGGCCGCCUCUCACCUGCGGUGGCCCCGCGUAGCCGGGCGGGAGGGAAUGCGCCGAGACCCUGCGCAGGAGGCGGCGGCGGCGCAGGGCGGGCCCGGGCCCGGCGGUUGUUGCUGACAGCGAAAGACUUCCUCUCAAAGCUGUUUAAAUGAGAAUGUCCCUGGCUCAAAGAGUACUACUGACAUGGCUUUUUACGUUACUCUUCCUGAUCAUGCUGGUGCUAAAGCUGGAUGAGAAGGCGCCAUGGAACUGGUUCCUCAUUUUUAUUCCAGUCUGGAUAUUUGAUACCAUCCUUCUAGUUAUGCUCAUUGUGAAGAUGGCCGGACGCUGCAAGUCUGGCUUCGACCCUCGCAACGGCUCCCAAAACAUCAAGAAAAAAGCCUGGUACCUCAUCGCAAUGCUGCUCAAACUGGCCUUCUGCCUCGCCCUCUGCGCUAAGCUGCAGCGAUUCACCACCAUGAAACUGGCCUAUGUGUUCAUCCCUCUGUGGGCCCUGCUCAUCGGGGGCAUGGUUGAACUCGGAUAUAAUAUCUUCUAUGUACGAAGAGACUAAGCUGUACUGUGUGGGUUUCAACACCGAUGCUGGUACCAAGUUACUGGAUCAUUACAGUUUUGCCACAAACUCGAUCUCCAAAUUAGAAAGCCAAGUAAGAAAUGGGUCAGGCUGGAGCCUUUAAACUGGACUGAAGACUGAAAGUAGACUUGUUCCAUUUUUUUUAUUGUAAAACUGUCACAUAUGCUCUUGUAAAUAAAAGUAUUUGAUCAACAUAA